AUGGCUCAGUGGGGUGAUGCAAAGCUCUUCUUUUGCUUCCUCUUCAUCACCGGGUGCUGCACAGGUGAGCUGACCAGCCUUUUUUACCAGCAUCUUUCUAGGCUUCAUCAUUGAACACAUACAUGUAGCUACAUAUUUAGCAUCCUGUAAGAGGUCAAAUCAGGCAACACUUAAGGCUUUUGUCGACUCAGACUAAUUGUAGGAAAGGAUGAGAUUUAUACAACACUGAAAAUAAGGGUUUAAUUAUCUGUGUGGUGGAUUUCUGAAACAUUCAAAGAGAAUUCGAGCAAAACACAAACUGUAAAGGGAGCCUUUAUAACAGCCAUAAAGACGAGGAAAUACUGAGUGAGACUUUAAUUCCACAGUGAAAAUCUUAGUUUCUUGGGGUCAUUGCUUUAAAAAAGGUUAUAAACCACACUUCAUUUAAAGCAACAAACUGGAAAAUCUAAUAUUGAAUACAAAUUUCUUAGGAGGCUUGAGCUGGCUAGCAUUCACUUAGGUGCAAAAAUAAGUCACUUUUUUCAAAAUAAUAUUUAUCCAGUUUACAUUAUAAAACAUUCAUGUACAAGAAAACUUGACAGGUAAAUACACGUUUUUUAAAAAAGCAAAAAAGUUCAAGAUGAAAGAAGAGAUAGAUUUAAGAAAUAUAUGAAUAAAAUGUCUACUGUGCAAAGGUAGCCUGCUGAAGAAGUCUUUAAAAAGAAUAUUAUUAUAUGUAGUGCAUCAAAUACAUGUACAAUUAUGUGUAUCACCAAGAGAGAACAUCCUGUAUUGAAAUAUGGAGACAAUGCCAAAGUGCCCAAAACUGCAGUUCUCCAAGUGUCCACUAGAGGCUGGCUUUCAAAGCCCAAAAAACCACAUACACACCUGGGGUUUAGGUUUAAGUUUACUUAGUCUGAACACAGUAACCAUAACAUGAAACUUUACCAAACAAAAACCACUGAAACAGACUAAUAUGUGAUUAAAAAUAAAGACCAGCUCCAUCAAUCAGACCCCAAAAGAGAAUGCCAAUAUAAGAGAUGGAUAAAUAUCCCUCUAAUGAAGCUACUAAUAAUCUUUGGAGUACAAUCAGAUAAGAACAGGUUAAAAAUGCUGAUAAACAGUGCCUAUACAGUGUGCAAAUAUCAUCACGUUCAGCUUAGUGAUGGCAGCAGGACCACAGCUAUUUUUAACAGGAUUCAAAACUCUGCUUAAGAAACAAAUGGGUUACAUCGCUAAGACUUUAUCACAAAGUUUGACACAGAUAAGAGUAUGAAUAUGAACAGACUUAACUUUUCUGGAUGAGUGUGAUUUGUUGGCAGUCAAGAAGGGAGAAAAAAAAAACAGAAAUAUGUCACGCUCCAAUGUGAAGUUUUACAGUUAGGGCUCUAUUUUUGUGCCUCGCCGGAGACGUGCCGCAGGCGCGGCGUAAGUCAGGUCCGCCGCGCCAACAAGGCGUUCCCAAGCACAAUUUGGUAUUUUGGUGAGCAGGCGUAAGUAUCCCCCCUCCCUAACUCAGCUCCUCCCAGCGGCAUAAGUCGUAGGAAGGAAGGAGAGAGGGCGUAGAGUGGGUUUAACACAGCUGAGACCUGUUUUCACCAAUCACAUAAGCUCCUCUCCUUGCCUUUAAAUCCGCCACCGGUGAGGCAUAUUACUAUUUUUGUGACGUAGUCAGAGAGAUCAAGAGAUGUCUGAAGACAGUAAUGCCACACGAUGGCGACAGAAGGCAGCCCCUCAGCAAGUGUCACUGUAAGCGCUGCAUUGGGCGUCCUCCACACUCUCUCAUAUGAACACAGAUGGAUUUGGUGUGUGUAAUGUUGGACCCACUGGUAAGACAAACACCCUUUUCCACAAAUAAAGACACUCACAUAAAGUUGCAUAUAUUCAAACCUCACGUGACAAAGGUGGGUUGUGUGCACAAAUCACAACAUAAACUCCAAAAAUGGCAUUAAAAUCGGAACCAUCUGUGCGUAAAUGACGCAUCGCGCUCCGUGGUCUGGCUCACAAAACGGAAUAUUAUAAUAUCCGUAUGUCGGCUUAAAGUAAAUAACUCAUCUGAGCACUGAAACAAAUCAUCUGUUCAGCCGCUGCAGGACGGAGAGAGGACAUGGAGACAUGUCCAGGUCGAGCUACACGAGAAAUAAGAGGAAGAGGAAGAAAGAAAAGAGGGAGACGAAUCACAUAUCUUGUUAACUUCAUCAUGUGUUUUUAUUUACUAGAUAUUUAACUUAAUUUAAUGCGGUUUCAGCUGUGUUGAUUCGGUCAGGUUGUGUGUCCAAACGCGUGCCAAACGCGCUCAUCAGAUCAGAUAUAGAUCAGAAUAUAUCUAUAUAGAUAUAAAUGUAUGUGCUGACUCAGAUUAUUAGUUGUUGAUGAUUAUUUAUUGCACUGAAAUGUGCCUGACACUGUGGAAACCUGCUGGUGAGGCAUCGGUGACGUAUGCCAAUACGCCGCCGGUCUAUCAAAAUACCUCUAGACCAGCUGCGUUUUGCUUGUGCUGAAAUCUGACCAGGUUUGAAACGGCGAGCUUUCAGCGAACUUUACACGCCACUGGCGAGCACGAAAAUGUCACUGCGCCUGCUGAGUCUGUCGACACCUCCCCCUGCCACGCCACCACGCCCAGCUUGGCGGAUCUUGGUUUGCCUCCGUGCGCCUCAGUCCACGAAAAUACCAAACUGGCUGUACGCCAGGCUCCGCCAGAAGAAAAUACAACUGCGCGGGGUCCGCCACCCUCCGUCGCCUCACCGGCGUACACAAAAAUAGAGCCCUUAGACUUUAAUAGAGGGGCAAGAGGGCAGCAGCACAGAACCAGCUGAGCUGUGGAAAAAUAAGGAAGUGAUAAAAAUGAUGAAAUCCUGGAGGCUGGAGCGAGUCCAGAGGGGGAGUAGUAAAUAAAAAGAGAAAACAUCUAACUGGGGCCAUGUUUGGGGUUCAACAUCUGCAGCUUUUAAUUAUUUACACACAACUGUGAAAGUUUGUGAGUACAGAAUGUUAUUUUUCUCCAUUCUUAUGACAGCAGUGUCUGAGACAGCUUUACAAUCUGUACGUCUUUACAGAAUAAGACUUGUGUUAUAAAACUCCUCAUUCAAAAUAGUGACAAAAGGAGCCUUAACAGUCACUAAAUCAUCAAAUGAAGAAACAGAAUAACAGUUAUAGAUAAAAGCAGGUUGAAUAUGAUGUACAAGCAGUUAUUUUGAGGAAGAAUCAGGUUUAAUAAUCUCAGAAGUCUGAUGUAAAAUGAAGUUAAAAUGAGUUAACUCUUUAGAUUUUUUCAUGUCUGCAGCACCAGGAUGAUUAGAUAAUCAGUCUCAUGCUGGUGUGAUGUUGGAGUUCCCCUCGGUUGCACUUUGUAGUCAGUGAAAGUAGAAGUUGAAGCAUCAUAAAUCCUGGCUACGUGCCAAAACUAGUGAGGCAACUUCUGUAAUUAAAGUUAUGACUCUGCAGUUUCUGUGGGAACAUAGGAUGUUUUUUCACACAGAGAGCACGCCGAAAAGGAGACCUUUGACACCUAUUUGCUUCAUAGGUUUCCCCUUAACUUAAUACAAGUUUGUGAACUGCAAAAUCCCCUUUUAAAUCACUGCACGUGAGUUUUAUUUAAUUUCAUUUAAAGCAUAAAAUAUUUUUGACUUAACCUUUAAAAAAACAGAUAUACAUACUAACUUAUUCAAUCAGUUCAUAAUAAGAGUAAAAGAAAUGUUUAGAGCAUGUGUAGCUCGCACAACCCCAAUUUAAAAAAUGCCAGGGUCGCUCAGAAAUUAGAUAGGGAGAUCCUCAACACCCAGUGAGCAACUGCAUGAGCAAAUACAUCAAUAAUUACCGGUUCUUCAGCAGAAAAUCUCAAAAACUUAGAAUAACAGGUGUACUGUUCUGUCCUCGAGAGGGAAACUGCCCUCUCAAGGACAACCAAGUAGAUCCUAAACACCACACACCCUGCCUCUGUGUACUAAACAGUAUAAAUACGGGAUAAUGUUCAGUCAAUGUUCAGGUGGUAAUGUUGAUUAGUAUACCAACAAGCUGAGCAGCCAUUAUCAAUUUUUUUUUUAUAUUCCACACAAGUUAUACAACAUUACCAUUAAAAGGUGAACAUUGAUUAAAUUCAGCUAAUAUUUACAAUUUAUGGAACAUUUUUACUCUCCUGUAAAUUAAAUAUAGCACUAUAUAUUCAAAGUUCUCUCCUGGAUCACCUUUGGCACAAGAGCGCCUCUGGAAAUAAACCUUACGUCACCUGAUAUGUUCUUUUUAGAGUAUUUUAGAGUAUUGAAUUCCUGUUUUAAAGCAUCAACACUUCAGUGUUUAAUGGGCCAUAAAAUCCUGACACACUCCGUCAACCACACACAAACACACCCAACACCAUACUAACCUCGUAAAAUACCCGCUAAAGAGAUCUGGUGUCACAUAAAGAUCUUUAUUGAGUUUAAUUUGAUGAAGGUUUUUUUCUUUUCUUUCAUUAAAACACAUCAGUGAAUCAAGUCAUGACCUGUAAAGAACUGUUUAGAAUUACAGUGAUCUCUGCAGGCACUAAAGUGGUUGUAAAGUCUGUAAUUACCCCUUAAAGACGGGGAGCAGUGGUGAGCUUAGUUUACUGAUAACAAGAAAUCAAACGCUAAUAUUAGAGAUUUUCUCAAGUGUCUGAUUCUAACAGAAAUUUAAAUAUCUACCAGCCUACAAGUCCUCAGGUAAGAAGGCACUCAGACAACAGCCAAAAUUGAGUGUAAUUUAACCCAACUUAAUCAAGGGAGCACAGUGUCUGCAGGUAAUUCAUGUCAUUUUAGUUUUCCUGAGUGUGUCUAACAUUAGCAGAGCUAGCACCACCAGCCUUCAGUCCAGUCAAGUAUUUAAACCAGAUACACACACAUAUCUUUUUCUAUCUAUUUACUUCAUACUGAGUUUUUUCUCUCUUCUCUCUUUCAGUGACCCUGGCUGAGGAACCUUUGGUGUGCUGCCUGAGUGUCCUCACAGACAGAACAGUCCCUAAACAUGUGGUAGCAAACUACCACGAACAGAUCAGCGGACAAGGAUGCUCUUUGGAUGCUAUGAUGUAAGUCCUGGCUUCAAGUACAUAUUUGUUAUCAGCAGACUGUACUCCACACAGAUGAAUUUAAUCGUAAACAAUCACAUCUGACCUGGACGAUUUUGUGGUGUUGCAGUUUGGUGACCAGGAAUGGCGUCAAGCUCUGCGCACCAGUUAACGUGGACUGGGUCCAAGGAGUGAUUGAGCACGUGGACAAAGUGAGGGCACACUGCAAGAAAAUGAAUUACAAGGUACGUUGUCUUUGGAUAUUUUGCUGCUCACAAAUGUAGAGUCUUGAAAGCAACAAGCUCAAAUUCAACAGAGGUUGUCAUUCUCUUUCCUAAAGUUUCAAAGCUCAUCAUUUUCACACUGAAGUAAUUUUGGUUUUGUUUUCUCUUUCUUUGUGUGUUUACAGGGAAAACGCUGCACUGGAAUAAAGCCAUAG